AUGGACUGCAAGCAGGGUCGCCUCGAUGGUCUCGAGGUGCUCCAGUAUGAAGUGUCAGUGUUUCGUGUCGCGUCUGAGCGCUGCAUUGAUCUGCGAUCGUGGCGACGGUGGCAAUCUGGCUCGGCCUUUGACGAUCCGGCCGAGGUCCGCAAGCUCGAGAUCCACAUCAGCAAGGCUGUCGAGACAGCCCGGCUGCCCGGCUUUCGCCGCGCGUACGAGGAGACCUUCGAGAACUACUUCCGCGAAGGCGGCGACCCGUCGCACAUCCAGGUCAACGCCGACCAGGCCGACCCAUACGUCUUCAUCUUCAACACCCGGCGCUUUAUGGGCAAGUGCGGGGACCGGACGACCCCUAUCCGCUGGGAGUUCCCCUGCUUCGCCACGCCCCGGGUGCCCGACUGCAUCCGCAAGGUCGCCCCGGGCUACGGCGGCGCCUCGUACGGCCUCGUGCAGCCGUCGACCCGCAUCGACGGCAAGCUCAGCCCGGACGAGAUCCUCAUCACCCUCGAGAGCGCCGACACCCGCGAGUUCACCGCCCUCGUCGACGAGCGCAGGCACGCCGGCAUCACCGCGUGCUGGGAAAUCAUCGACAAGAUUGAGCAGACGACUUGA